AUGUCGUUGAACAAAAUCAACUUCAUCACUGGCAACCAAAACAAGCUCGCCGAGGUGCGGGCUAUCUUGGGCAGCGUCAUUACAGUCGACAACCAAGCAGUCGAUGUUCCAGAAAUCCAAGGGACCAUCGAGGACAUCGCCAAAGAAAAGUCCAGACGCGCAGCCGAGGCGAUCAAUGGGCCCGCUUUGACCGAGGACACGGCGCUGGAAUUCCGCGCCCUCAAAGGCCUCCCUGGCCCGUACAUCAAAUCAUUUCUUGAUGCCCUUGGCCUUGAAGGCCUGAACAAGAUGCUUGAUGGCUUCGAGGACCGGGCUGCCGAGGCCGUGUGUACCUUUGCCUUCUGCCGCGGACCUGGAGAGGAGCCCAUUAUAUUCCAGGGAAGGACCGAGGGUGCGAUUGUGCGACCCCGAGGUCCAGCGAAAUUCGGUUGGGACCCUAUUUUUGAACACCAAGGCAAAACAUAUGCCGAAAUGGAGAAAGAAGAAAAGAACCGCAUUUCCCACCGGUACAAGGCUCUGGUGAAAUUGCAGCAGUGGCUGGCCGAGGGACAGUGA